AUGAAGUCGCCUCAGGCCCAGCGGCCAGCGGGUCAAGCGCUGGGGGAGGACGGCGGCGCGGGCCUGGCGGAGGCGCUGGGGGAGUUCGACGCGGUGCUGGCGGAGUUCUCCUGCCCCGCCGGCCGGCGCCGCUUCCACUUCGGCGAGCACCUGGAGCGCAUGAAGCGGCGGAGCAGCGCCAGCGUCAGCGACGGCAGCGGCCUCAGCGACUCGGAGAGUGCAGAUUCACUCUACAGAAAUAGUUUCAGUCUCAGUGAUGAAAAGCUUAACUCUCCAACUGCAUCUACACCAAGCUUGCCAUCUCCAUCAGUAACUCCAUGUAAAGCAAAGCUUGGAGACACAAAAGAACUGGAAGACUUCAUUGCUGAUCUUGACAGGACACUAGCAAGUAUGUGAAAUGAAUCUUUGGCAUCACGCUUGCCUGUGAAUGUUCUCUGAAGACUAAGUGACAUCAAUCACUGAGAACUGCUGCCCUUAUCUGAUAACUUUGCUACCCCAGAUAUUCACCUUCUGAACAUAACCUUUGUAAACUCCGACAAGUAUUUAACUGGCAACAUCAGUUCUGUUACUUUGCAGCAGAUGGAA